AUGGAUUAUAGUGAAAAACUUAAGACUGGUAACUCCAGUGUGGAGCUUGAGGAGGGCCCGCUGGCAAGUAACAGUUCUACCAAUGAGUUUCGUGGGUUCAACGAUGCCACAGAAAGUAUUCGAAACCUUGCUCGGCAGAUCACAAAUAGACAAGAAGGAGACGUGAAUACCGGUGAAGAGUUACGUCGAUAUUUAUCUAGCAUGUCUCAAGUUCCAGGGAUUUCGCCUUUUGAAGGAGAAGAUUCUCGUUUAGAUCCUGACUCUGAUGAAUUCAGCGCUCGUUUUUGGGUUAAGAAUUUGAAGAAGUUGCAAGAUUCGGAUGAUGAUUAUUAUAAACCUUCCACGUUGGGUGUUGCAUAUAGAAAUUUACGUGCUUAUGGAAAGGCUGCUGAUUCUGACUAUCAGUCAACUUUCGCAAAUGUCAUACCAAAGUUUGCAGCAAGAGCUUUUAAUGAUACUGUUAGAAAGGACUCAAACGCAUAUUUUGACAUACUUAAACAGAUGGAUGCCAUAAUGCGCCCUGGAGAAGUGACUGUGGUUUUGGGGAGACCAGGAUCCGGAUGUUCAACUCUAUUGAAGACAAUUGCUUGUCAGACCUACGGCUUUCAUGUUGAUAAAAGUUCGAAAAUUACUUAUGAUGGAUUAACUCCAAAAAAUAUUACAACUCAGUUUAGAGGUGAAGUGGUGUAUGCCGCUGAAACAGAUGUCCAUUUUCCACAUUUGACGGUCGGUACUACUCUCGACUUUGCAGCUAGAUUACGAACCCCUCGUAAUCGUGGACCUGUUGAUAGAGAGACCUAUGCUAAACAUAUGGCUUCUGUAUAUAUGGCUACUUACGGUUUAUCACACACAAGAGAUACAAAGGUUGGCAAUGAUUUUGUCAGAGGGGUAUCAGGUGGUGAAAGAAAAAGAGUCUCUAUUGCUGAAGUUUCCUUAUCAGGAGCCAACUUGCAAUGUUGGGAUAAUGCCACCAGAGGCUUGGAUUCUGCGACAGCUUUAGAAUUCGUCAGAGCUCUAAAGACUACAGCUAACGUCCUAGGUGCAACACCUAUUAUUGCAAUUUACCAAUGUUCUCAGGAUGCUUAUGACUUGUUCGAUAAUGUGGUAUUGUUAUAUGAGGGUCGUCAAAUAUUUUUUGGUAAAGCAGAUCUGGCCAAGGCUUUUUUUAUCAAUAUGGGUUUUGAUUGUCCCAAAAGACAAACGACAGCGGAUUUUCUUACUUCCAUCACCAAUCCUUCAGAAAGAAUCGUGAGAUCAGGGUUCGAGAACUUGGUUCCAAGGACCUCUGAAGAGUUUGAAUCUUAUUGGAGAAAUUCAGGGGAGUAUUUUUCUUUAAUUAAAGAAAUUGAUGCUCAUUUUGGUGAAGUGAAUUCUUCAAAUGUGACAAAAAAAUUUCAUGAUUCUCAUAUUGCAAGACAAGCAAAGUACACUGGAUCGAAUUCGCCAUAUACAGUGUCUUUCUUGAUGCAAACUAAGUAUCUCAUGUGGAGAGACUUUGCCCGUAUGCGCGCUGAUCCAUCAAUCUCAAUAUUUAUAGUAGUUGGCCAAACGAUCAUGAGUCUAAUUUUGUCGUCCGUUUUUUACAACUUAUCACAAACAACCGGUUCCUUUUUCUAUAGGGGAUCGGGGCUUUUUUUUGCGGUAUUAUUCAACGCCUUUUCGUCUAUGUUGGAGAUUAUGACAUUGUUCGAAGCAAGACCAAUCGUGGAAAAGCAUAGAAAUUUGGCAUUGUAUAGACCGGCUGCUGACGCAUUUGCAGGAAUCAUUUCGCAGCUUCCUGUUAAGUUCUUGAGUUCUGCGGCUUUUAAUAUUAUCUUUUACUUCAUGGCGAACUUGAGACGAGAGGCAGGUCGAUUUUUCUUUUACUGGCUCUUCUGUUUUUUGUGCACACUAGUCAUGUCACAUUUAUUCAGAUCAUUAGGUGCUGUUUCGACUUCUUUAGCGGGAGCAAUGACACCUGCAACCUGUCUUUUAUUGGCUUUAUGUAUUUUUACGGGGUUUGCAAUCCCAACUCCGAGCAUGUUGGGGUGGUCCCGCUGGAUUAACUAUAUUAACCCGGUGGGUUAUGUCUUUGAGUCUCUUAUGGCAAAUGAAUUCCAUAAUAGGGAAUUUGAAUGUUCUGAGUUUGUGCCUAGUGGACCUGGAUAUACUGGAGUUAGUUCUUUAAGACAUGUGUGCUCUGCGGUGGGAUCUAAAGCGGGUUCCUCUGUCGUAAAUGGAACAGAUUAUAUUGCUCAAUCAUUUGAAUAUUACAAUUCACAUAAGUGGAGAAAUCUUGGAAUCGUGAUCGGGUUCAUCUUAUUCUUCUUAGUGGUCUACAUUAUCUUGACCGAAUACAAUAAGGGUGCUAUGCAAAAGGGAGAAGUUGCUUUAUUUUUAAGGUCUUCAUUGAAGAAAACGAAGAGAGAACAAAACAAAAUCGUAGUUGACGUCGAGUCUGGUAGUACGAAAGAUAAGAUCAAGCUUGAAGAAUUAAAUGAGCCUUACAAUAGUAAUCCCGCAGAGAGAUAUUUGGAUGACAAAAAGCUACCUUCGUCGGAUGAGACAUUUCUUUGGAAAAAUUUGACUUACGAAGUUAAGAUCAAGUCAGAGACCCGAGUAAUUUUGGAUCAUGUUGACGGUUGGGUGAAGCCUGGAGAAUUAACUGCAUUAAUGGGUUCUUCAGGUGCUGGUAAAACGACCUUAUUAAACUGCCUUUCUGAGAGAGUUACGACAGGUGUUAUUACUGACGGAAUUCGAAUGGUGAAUGGGCAUUCAUUGGAUGAAUCAUUUCAGAGAUCUAUUGGGUAUGUCCAGCAACAAGAUUUACAUUUAGAAAAAUCAACUGUAAGAGAAGCGUUGAAGUUUUCUGCUCAAUUGAGACAAUCGAAUUUAGUCCCCGAUAAAGAAAAGUUCGAAUACGUGGAAUACAUUAUUGAUUUGUUAGAAAUGAGCGCUUAUGCAGAUGCGGUAGUAGGAGUUGCCGGAGAAGGUCUAAACGUAGAACAACGUAAAAGACUUACUAUAGGAGUUGAAUUGGCUGCAAAGCCAAAACUUUUACUUUUUUUGGAUGAGCCAACCUCUGGACUUGACUCACAAACAGCAUGGUCUAUUUGCAAAUUAAUAAGAAAAUUAGCAGAUCAUGGUCAAGCUAUUUUAUGUACGAUACAUCAACCAUCUGCUCUCUUGUUACAAGAAUUUGAUCGUUUACUUUUCUUGCAAAAGGGUGGAAGAACAGUAUAUUUUGGAGACUUGGGUGAUAAUUGCAACACGCUUAUUAAUUAUUUUGAGAAGUAUGGAGCAAAAUCUUGCCCAGAAGACGCGAACCCGGCUGAGUGGAUGUUGGAAGUUGUUGGAGCAGCCCCUGGAUCGCAUGCGAACCAAGAUUACUUUGAAGUAUGGAAGAACUCGGCUGAAUUUUUAAAGGUUCAAAGCGAAUUAGAAUAUAUGGAGAAGGAAUUGGUUCAAAGACCACGAGAUACGUCUCCUGAAGCACAUAAAAGGUUUGCAGCAUCACUUUGGAAACAAUAUAUCUUAGUAACCAAAAGAGUUUUUGAGCAAUCAUGGAGAGACCCCGGUUAUCUCUAUUCCAAGCUCUUUUUGGUGGUGAGCUCUAGUUUAUUUAACGGUUUCUCUUUUUUCAAGGCUAAGCGUUCUAUCCAAGGAUUACUGAAUCAAAUGUUUUCAAUUUUUAUGUUUUUGAUUGUUCUCAAUACCUUGGUACAGCAAGUAAUUCCAUUUUUUGUGAAACAGAGGGCUCUUUACGAGGUUAGGGAGGCACCGUCAAGAACAUUUUCAUGGUUUGCGUUCAUAUCUGCUCAAAUAACAUCUGAAAUUCCUUAUCAGUUCCUCCUUGGCACUGUUGCUUUUUUUGUUUGGUAUUAUCCGGUAGGAUUUUAUGAAAAUGCAGCUGUAACUGAUACGGUAAAUUCUCGUGGUGUUCUCAUGUGGUUAUUCAUUACUGUUUUUUUCAUUUAUGCUUCGACAAUGGCACAAAUUUGUAUUUCAUUUAAUGAACUUCCCGACAAUGCUGCUAAUUUAGCUAACUUGUGCUUCACUUUGUGUUUAAUUUUCUGUGGCGUUAUGGCUCCGGUAUCUUCUUUACCAGGAUUUUGGAUUUUUAUGUAUCGACUUUCUCCCUUCACUUAUCUCAUUCAGGGUGUUCUUAGUACAGGAUUAGCAAAUGCUGAUAUUCAAUGUUCAAGUAGGGAGUUUUUACAUUUUGUUCCUCCUGGUGGAGAAACUUGCGGAAAAUACAUGGCAGAUUAUAUUAAGGUUGCUGGUGGAUAUUUGAAGGACAGUUCGGCUACAGAUGAAUGUCAGUUUUGUACCAUGUCCUCAACUAAUAGUUUUUUAGCUUCAAUAAGCUCUUAUUAUGACCAAAGAUGGAGAAAUUUUGGAAUUUUCAUUUGCUUCAUUGCUUUCAAUAUCAUAGGUACUGUUUUCUUCUAUUGGUUAGCGAGAGUUCCUAAGGGGAAUAGGGAAAAGAAGUCUUAA